CCUUCUGAGCUCCAGGGCAUGACAUGAUGCGAGGCACAAUGCCCUUCUUCCCAGAUCAGGCUUCUAGUCAGACCUGUGUCUGCCGAGGCACUGUCGCUCGAACGCAACGAUAUCUUCGAUCGCCUUCGGUGGACAUCACCCUCAUCGUGGACCUGAUUGAGGAGCUCACGAGCUCCGUCCAGCGCUCCUCCCGCGAUAACUGUGGCUGCCUCCAACUUUCGGAAUAUGUGCAGGUGCUCCUCGACACCACCGAUGCCUUAUGUAGCAUCCAGGACUCCGCCUGGAAGAAGACAGUUCUCGGCACAGCUCCCAGUCCAAGUGCGACAGUCAAACCUCGGGUGCCUCUUAGUCCCGAUUGCGGUAUCGAGAAGAAGCUCGACUUGCCAACCAUCACCGGCUUCCAGCAUAUCGUCACGGUGGACCGCUUCAUCUUGGACGCUGAAGAGAGGAAGCUUGUGCUACAGGAGAUUUUUCGAGGCUGCCUGUUGUCUAUUAAUCGCAUUGUCCGUAAUGUUCAUAAUCUUGUCAUAGGUUCAGCGCAAUGCAAUCUGUGGCCUCUCGAAGAGAAGAAGAGAAUGAGUGUGCAGUCGGCGAUUUUGUUGGAACGGACGUACUCGGCUUUGGGGCGCUGUGGGGGUUUUUCGGAAUCGAAUGUGUAAGAUGGCAUGGCAUGUAU